GCUAGACGUCUUAAAAAUUCUUACCUAUUUAAAAUAAGUGCACAGCUGUAAUGAUGGAAACAUGGGUGUCAUUAAAUACGCAAACUAUGCUCACUGUGCAUGAUAAUUUUUUUUAAAAGUGGUAGUUCGAGAUGUCACGAAAAAAUUGAAAUGGCCAACAUAUUAACACUUGACAUCAAAAGUGGUGUCAUGAAGAACAUAAGUUUUGUUUAUGUUGUGUAUAUUAAAGCGUGUUUUUUUUUUUUUAAUUAUAAGAAAUAUUUGUACAGUUGAUUAGUUACAAUUAUUAAUCAUAGUUGCGUAUGAAGUACAAAAUACGAAAUUAUAAACUUUUGAUGUAUUUUAACUUUCAGAAUAGAAACAGUUAUGUCCCUGUCUGCAGCCACAAGGAGGGGAAGGAAUGAAGAGGAAGAAACAAUAUCUCGUCUUUUGGAAGCCAGGGGCCUGCUGGAGCCGGGGAUGACGUACACGGAUAUGAAGGACCUGGUGGCUGUACUCAAGGAGUCUGAGAACAUGGCGGUUGUGAGCAGUAGCGAGGCACACCCUGAAAAUAUGCAAGUGGAGCCUCACGGUGAGACUGGGGAAAGUACCAACCAGAGUGAAGAGAAGUUAUUGGAAAAUUUGAACGAAGAGUUUGUUGAAUUAAAAGGAAAAAAACAAACCCAGAGUAAACUGCACAGUAAUAAAUUUAGCACAGAUAACAGUGAUUUGGUUUCUGUCAGUGAAAUUACUCCAGUCAAAUCUCCCAGUCUUGAACUUAAACCAAAUGAUGAUGUAGCUGAAAUAGAUGAAAACAUGAAGAGACAAGACGUAGGUGAUGAGGAAGACGUACCUAAAGUCACUGCUGGUAUGGCUAGAACAGAAAACAUGGAGCUUGAUGUUGAAUCAACAUUAAAUAUAGAACCAUUAAAAGGUGAUGACAGUGAUGAUGUUGACAUGUUGCCAGAUAGUCAAGAGCAACCUGGCACAACUAAAAUAGAGUCUUUUAGAAAAAUACGUUCGUUAGGUCUAAAGAAGACUUCAAGUUUGGUCAGAAACUGCACAUCCUCGGCUAGCAAACAUACUGCAAAAGAUGAUGGCAACAUUAAUGUAUUUGACUCAACAGACAGACCUCAUGAGUCGACAGACAAACUACAAAGAAGAUGUGUCCAAACACAAGAAAGGUUUCCUUUCUUUCUUCUACAACAGGGUGUAAAUUUGGACACUUUUACAAAACAUUUUAAGAAGUAUGUUGAUCGUUACCGUAAAAACUUGCUUCAUAUUCAGAGAAGUAGUGUUAAUUUCUUGGAGUGGGGGAAACCUAUCUCAAUCACGUUUUUGAAAGGUGGUGCUUCUGCUGCAGAUCCAAAAAAGUUGGAUCUCUCUAAGCCGGCGAGUUCAAAUGCUUACAAUUUCCGUGAACGUGCCGCGAAAAACAAGGAUCCGUAUUCUUUAGACUCCGGAAACUUUGAGGACGACCCUGCUAUUGGCAUGGGUGCUAAAGAAACUUACAUUUCUGAUAGUUCAGGCAGUGAAAGCGAGGGAAUAACAUUGAAGCGAGACAAGAGGAAAAGUGAACACAAGGAAGACAGUGAGUGGAACAAUUCUCCUGAUAGUGUGCGACCUUCAGUUUGCAAGAGGAUAAAAUAUUCUGUUUCCAAAGCAAAUUCUAAAAACUUUGAGGAUGUAGAUUCAGAUGAGGAUUUUGAACCAACAGGUCAUAAAAGGACACAAAAGCGCAAUGGUCGUAGGGGUGGUGGUAGGGGGAGAGCAGGUAAAUCGGUGGAAACUGGGAAGUCAUCGCUUCGGAAGCAACCAUCGAACAGAGGCAGGGGCAAGGCAGUAAAAGCUUUGGUAGUUGAAAUGGAAGGUAUCGAAGACUCCGUGUUACCUGAGUUGUGCUGUCAGAAGAGCGAGGAGUUUGACUUGAAGCCACAGCAGUCACCUCCAAAACAAAGUCAGGACAAUGCUAGUGUUGCUUCAUCUUCUGAUUCGAUACCUAAUUCUCAAGAGCUCAGCUGCAAGUGUUUAAAUGAUAAUGCUAAAGAGACCAGUGAUAGUUCUGACAUCACUUUCCUGGGGUCGGCGCCUACACAAGCAGUCGCGGAGAAGCUGAGCGGUGAUGUCAUGUGCCCUAUCUGUGGAAAAAAUUUCACACCUGAAGAAAUAGAACUGCAUGCUUCAACAUGUGACCUGUAUUGUUCGGAUAGGAGCCAGAAUGAAGACGUUAUCAUUUAGCAUAUAAAAAUCUAAAUAUUGAAUAAUAAGUCUAGCAAGCCUUGAAGGUAUAUCUUUGCUUACUUUUCGUACCGAACAUACUACGUAUAUCAGUGAAAGAUUGUGUCGCAGUGGUCUAGUGUCUACAAAGUUCAAGUUUCAAGAUUAACAGAGAACGUACUGUUAAGAAAGUCGUGUGAUAUUAAAAUAGUAAGUUGUAUUAUUAUUAAUAGGAAGAAUAAUAUUUAUUCUAAACGUAAUGCAUUUGAAGGAGUGGUGCAUAUUCUGUCAUUUGGUAUUUUCAAAUUUUUUAUCAGUUAAUUUUUUUAAUGUUUUUAUGUUUACCGUGAUUGAGAUAGUACAAUUAUCUCAAUUUUAUUUUAAACACAUGAAUAUUAUAUGUAAGAUGAUUUUGAUGAAUUCGAACUAAUGUGGACCAAUAUGUAGUCAUGUUAGCAAUAUUUUUGGAUUAAGCAAAUUAACUAUGUAUGCCUUGCUUGCAGUGAAGUGAAACAAUUCAGAAUAAAAGUCAUGGUAUUUUUUGUUA